CGGCUCGCCGGGGAGCCCCGCACGGCGGCCCGCAGCCGAGGGGGCGGCGGGAGGUAGCGCCUCGCCGCUCGGCGGCCAGCCGGCCCUAGCGCCCCGCACCGCGGCCAGCCGCCGAGAGAUGGCGGAUUCCUAUGCCUGUAAAGGUGGAAGGAAAACUGCAGGCUCCAACAAACCCGCUGCCAGCAAAGAAAGCAGGACAGACGCGAGGAUAAACCCCCCGGCAGAGCUCCCCAAGCUCGGAAAUGCGACCAGUGACAAAACCGAGGGCAAGAAGAAAGGACGACCCAAGGCGGAGAACCAGGCGCUGAAAGACAUCCCGCUCCCCCUGAUGAACCAGUGGAAGGACGAAUUCAAAGCCCACUCCAGGGUGAAAUGCCCCAACUCCGGCUGCUGGCUGGAGUUCCCCAGCAUUUAUGGCUUGAAGUACCACUAUCAGCGCUGCCAAGGGGGUGCGAUCUCAGAGAAGCUGACGUACUCGUGCUCGUACUGCGAAGCUGCCUUCACCUCCAAAACCCAGCUAGAAAAGCAUCGUCUCUGGAAUCACUUGGACCGGCCGGUGCCAACCAGCAAAGCAGAAAACAAAGUGCAGAAGGCCAUUGGGAAGAGCGGCGGCAAGAAAAGAGCUGCUGAGAGUUCAGCUUGCCCCACCAUCCAUCCCAAACAGGCAAAGACGGAAAAAGCCGUGGCCCAGGACCAUGCCGAGAACGGCGAGUGCCUGGCAGAGAGCCGCGAGAGCAAGGAGUUUCAGAUCGCGGCGGCUGAGGCGAUCGCGGCUGCGACCCCCACGGCCAAGUCCUCGAGCGGCAAGGACGCCGGGCAGCAGGGGGGCAGCCAGGCCUCGCUGCAGGAGGAAGACCCCGAGAGGAUGAAGCACAAGUCAGGAAGGAAACAGAAAACUCCUAAGAAGUUUACGGGGGAGCAGCCAUCCAUCUCGGGGACGUUUGGACUGAAAGGUCUCGUCAAAGCAGAGGACAAGGCAAAAGCCCACCGAGCCAAGAAGCUGGAGGGGAACACCAACAUGGAGGAGCUGAAAAAGAAAACUCCAGGAGCGGGUGUGAAGAAGGAAACGGCCGCACAUCUCCCAGCAGCAAAUCCCGAGGACCAGUGGCAGCGGGAGAUCAGCGAGAAGGGAGAAGUUGCCUGUCCAACCUGCAGCGUGAUAACCAGGAAAACUGUCGUUGGGCUCAAAAAGCACAUGGACGUCUGCCAGAAACUGCAGGAUGCCUUGAAGUGUCAACACUGCAAAAAGCAGUUCAAGUCCAAAGCUGGGCUGAAUUACCACACCAUGGCUGAACACGUCAGCAAGCCUGUUCCUGUGGAAACCGCUGGACUUGGAGAACAGGAAGAGCGGGAAAGGCUGAGGAAAGUGCUAAAGCAGAUGGGAAAACUGAAAUGCCCCAAUGAGGGCUGCGCAGCCAACUUCUCCAGCUUGAUGGGCUACCAGUACCACCAGAAGCGCUGCGGCAAGCAGCUCGCCGAGGCCGACAAGCCCGUCUUCAGCUGUCCACACUGCGGGAAGAAGUACAAAUCCAAGGCUGGCCACGACUACCAUGUGCGGUCAGAACACCCGGCCUCGGUGAGCCCCCCGGACACCUCCGCAGCCCGAGGAGCGGGGCCAUCCCUCCCUGUGGGGGACUGCAGAGCUGCAGAGCCUGUGGGCAGGACCGAGCCGGGCAGGGCCGGGCCGGGCAAGCCGCCAGAGGAGCCAGAGGUGAAGCCAGAGCCCAGCCCCGUAGAAGAUUUUGAAAGGACCCCGAGCGGCCGCAUCCGUCGCACGUCGGCUCAGGUGGCCGUCUUCCACCUGCAGGAGAUAGCAGAGGAUGAGCUCGCCAAGGACUGGACCAAGCGGAGGAUGAAGGACGACCUGGUACCUGAAACGAAGCGGGGCAGGAGGGCGGAUGGUUCCCGGAAAAGCUGGCCCCCCAGCACCUUUUCUUCCCACGAAGAAGAAGUUUCCAGACGUUUGGAGCGUGCUGCCAGGCCCGCAGACCCCCUCACUGGCUUGGACCUCGGGAGAGGUGAGAUGUCGGGGGUCAGCGGCAGGUUGCAGCCGCACCUCGCAGCAAGCCCUGGGGAUCUGCAGGGCCCCAGAGGGUACCGAUGCUUCCAGCUCCAGCCAGUACCUCACUGGGAGCACCCACACCGCUCACCGUUUGCUUCAGAGCAGGACCUGCUCUGUCCCCGAGCUCUCCAGUGACACGCCACCGUCCUAGCAGCCAGUGGGGACACUGAGGGAGGCGAUGAAGAAAGCCACCCCCUGCUCCAUCCUUCUCCAAGCAGCAAAGCUCUUCCUCGGGGGAGGGCGUGCAGCUCCUCAGCAGCCGGUGGGACGCGGGGGUUGGCAGCAUCCUGCCUCUCCCCCAUCUCCUCUGGGUGCCCCCCAGCAGGCGCAGCCCCCCUGCAGCUCCCCCCACCACGUUCUGCCCACCGUGGCCGUGCCGCAGCCGGCCCUGGCCGGGCUGGGAUGCUGGCUUGGGAUCCCGUUGGUGGCCCGUGGUGGGACGCGUUCGCCUUCCCCCGGGAGGAUGGAUUCCUUCUCACCAAAGCGAUGGCAUCAGAAUAAACGAUUGCUGCUCGGA